UUAUUUCUCUAAUAAAAAAAAAACUCUCUCUAUAAACCGUCUCCGAAAUUUUCUCUAUCCACAACUCAACUCUCUCCUCGAUCUUGUCUUUCAAUCCUUCUCUUUACGGAGUAAAUCAAGGAAACCUCUAUUCGAAACCCUAAAAAAUCUCCCCCCAAACACCAAACUAAUGUCCUUAAGCAAGUUCCACGGUGGCUCCUCCUCCUCUGCCACGGCUUGCGCUGCUUGUAAAUACCAGAGGAAAAAGUGCACCGAAAACUGUAUCCUCGCUCGUUAUUUCGCACAAGAAAAACAAAAUCAGUUUCUAAACGCCCAUAAAUUGUUCGGAGUAAGCAAUAUAACAAAGUUCAUCAAAGGAGUUGAAGAAUGUCAACGCGACGUAGCCAUGAAUAACCUAAUUUUUCAUGCCAAUGCUCGUGCUCGAGAUCCGGUUUUGGGAGUUUUCAAAAUCAUGCUUGAUCUCAAGCACCAGAUUGCUUGUGCUCAGGCUGAACUUAACUUUCUUCAUCAGAAACUUGCCACGUGUCAAACUUUAGCUCUCCAGCAGCAACUUGCCUGCUAUUCGUACGGAGAUCUAUUAGAACAAGGAGACCAAUACCUUAAUAUUGAUGGUCAUGUUCAUCAAGAGAUAAUGCAGAAGCAGAGUCCGCUGAACUACGAGAUGUUUAUGGAGAUGCCUAUCAAGCUUGAGAAGGAAAAAAUCUCUAUUCCAGGACACAAGAAUGCGGUGAACCAGAUAGCUAUGCCGUCGCAAGUGAUUUAGUAGUUUUAAGUCCGGUUUCUAGUUUUUUUUGUGUGUUUUGUACACACUAUCCAAAGUUUAGGUUAGUUUGUUUUCUUGAUUACCACUGCUUUUUUCUUUGUUUUAGUUUUACAGAUUGUCAAA